UUACUAACAAAAUGUAAUUAUAGGGAAAAGAGUUUUAAUUUUUAUUAGCAAGCCCUCUCCUCUAUAAAUACUCUGCAUGGCUCUCUCACUCUCUUCACCAAAACUUGAGCAGAUCUCUUUAUUCUCUCUUAUUCGUUCUAGCUCGUAAUAGGCUUUUUUCAAAAACAAAAAAAAAAUGCAAUACCAGACGGAAUCGUGGGGAUCAUACAACUUAGGGUUUGGCGGCGACGUGGGGCUUGCGGCGGACACAAGCCUGCUUAGGCUAGAGUCUCUGGUGGCCGAGAGCGCCGUGGUAAUAUUCAGCGUGAGCACGUGCUGCAUGUGCCAUGCCGUGAAGGGUCUCUUCAGGGGAAUGGGAGUCAGCCCCGCCGUUCACGAGCUCGACCUGCACCCCUACGGCGGCGACAUCCAGCGAGCACUCAUUCGUCUCCUCGGCUGCUCAGGCGCCUCUUCUCCAGGUGCUCUUCCGGUCGUCUUCAUAGGCGGUAAGCUGGUUGGGGCUAUGGACAGAGUCAUGGCUUCUCACAUCAACGGUUCUCUCGUUCCUCUCCUCAAAGACGCCGGCGCACUCUGGCUCUGAAACCUUCAUUGUCUGCUUUCUAAUUGCUUUUAAAGUUUUUUUUUUUUUUUAAGAGAAUGGGGAAGAUUAGGGAAGAAACCAAAAGCUAUAAUGACAGGCUAGGUUAUAAUAGUUUGUAAUUAGAGAGAGAGUUGUGCGUUUGUUUUAAGAUCUAUAUAUUCUCUUAUCCUAA